UCUCCAGCUUCCAUUUCAAACACAAGUUAGUUUCAUUUUCAAUACACUUUAAAGCUUCAAUUUAGUUCUAAAUCUUACAAAUUCUUUGUGUUUAAAUAUGGGAAGAGCUUUUGUUGGAAUAGCUAAUGCCAAAGAGAAGCUUAGACGAACAAUUUCACCCAAAAAUGGAAGCAUUUCAACUACUACAAAUGAUGUUCCAAAGGGUCAUUUCGUAGUUUAUGUUGGUGAAACAUAUAGGAGAUUUGUUGUUCCAAUUUCUUACUUAAAUCAUCCUUUAUUUCAAGAUUUGUUGCAUUGGGCUGAAGAAGAGUUCGGAUACAAUCAUCCCAUGGGAGGUAUUACUAUUCCAUGCAGUGAAGAUUACUUCAUUAGUCUCAUUUCUUUACUCAAGUCAUCAUAGACUUGAAAGAAUUGUAAUUCAACCAUGAUUUUCCAUCCCAUAGGUUUAGUGAUUUUUUUUUUUGGUAUAAUCGUUCGGUAUCCAGAAUUCACUGGUGUAACUAAUCUGGAUUUGCGCCGCGUAGAACUUAUCAGAAUCCAAGACUAUUGGUUGAGAGAGAUGACUAAGUCAGCCUCACUUCAAUUUUGUAAUGUGGACUGCUGUCAAGUUUGUCCCUUGUACAUCUUCCUAAGUGUAAUUUGUACAUGCACUCUUCAAAAUAGAGUUCA